AUGGAGGACGAUUGCUUGGAGAAGGUCAUGUGGAAUGUGCUACAAAAAUUUGGUUUAGAUGAGAAGAAGCUGGCAGUUUUCGAUGUCUCUGAAUCUGGAUUGAUAGCAGGUCAUGCCAAAGGCAUUAGGCUUGUCGAGGAACUUUGGAUGCCAGUCAGUGCGAGACAGAGGAUCAGGAGAGAUCAAGCUAUGGCAAAGCAAGAGCAUGAGACUUCAUUGAAGGAUAGGUGGUCUAAAGAGUUGUACAAGGAACUUCUCAAGGUAGAUGCACCAGUCUUGAAAGGUAUUCAGUUUUGCGUUGGACAGGAACGUUUGCAUGUUGCCAUAGCAGGGAAAACCAGAUCGAGCACCUUGAAGAGGUACUUGAAGGCGUGGAGAGACUGGCAAGUUUGGAAAUUCAACACCUGGGGUGCAGAUGCAUUGAACCACCCCGGCAUGUUCUGUGAGUAUUUAUUUUGUCGUUUUGAUGAGCCUUGUGGUGCAAGUAUUCCAAAUUUCAUUUGCAAAGCAGUGGCAUGGUUUGAGAAAAUAGCUGGUUUCAAUGAAUCUGAAGUGGUGGCCACCACGAGGGUGGUAACCCAAGUGAGAGAUUACAUAACGGAGAAGCUGGCAGCGGAAGCACCUCCAGUACGUCCUGGUAAGCGUGUGCAGGAGUUGCCGGUAUGCAUCUCAGAAUAUGCAUUUGUUUGGGAUGUGGACUGGAUUCAAAAAGGUUUCAAUCUCCUUAAAACGUAUGCCAGUUUCGAAAGGGAUUAUUUGCUCCCGAAGUUGACGGAGGACUGGAGUGGAUUUCAACAGAAAUAUGCAACCUAUCAGGAUGUCACUGCAUAUUCUUGUCAUCUCAGAAAAAGACUGACCAGCUAUUAUGAUUUCAAUACAGUUUUGCCUGAAGAUUUGUCAUCCUUUUGGACGGAACACAGUGAGCGGGCCACUCUUCCGACAGCACUGGCGAUGUUGGGGGUGGAGAACAAGAAGAGAGAUCUGGUGGGGCGUUGGAAGCCCGAGGAAGAUGAGGUGGAUCAGUCAGAGACGUUAGAAGAGGUUCCAGACCCAGAGGGAUCCGAGGCGCACUUCUUUGAGAAUGGUGUUACGAGCGUUAGCAAGUUUUCUUCAUUUUUCAGAGAUGAAACAGAUCUUGUACAUGUGUUGAGAGAUGAAUUCAAUGUGGAUGCUGCGAAUGCUUUAGCAGAUCGUGCAAAGGUAGCUGCAGUGAUAUGUUCAUGGAAGGAUACGGUUACAAAGGCAAAACGACAAUCGGAGGUGGAGGCAGAGAUGAACUCCAGAGAGUGGACUAAACCCAUUCCAGUUGGAGACUAUGUGCAGCUUAAGAAUUUCUUUCAAACUUCAGUUGGACAAGUUGAAGAUCGAGUCAUGCCUUCGAAAGAAUAUUUAGAAAAGAAAUUGCAAGAACUGGAAAAUGGUGAGUUCAGAGCUGAGACGUUGUCAGAGGUGGUUUCAAAGGACGAAAUUGAUCCAGAUGUAUUGGUCCCAGUUUUUGAUAGCAAAGGAAGUUUGUCAGUGAAAAAGGGAAGCACCACGGUGGCGAUGCCAACGGGACCGGAGCAACUUCGCCGUCGACUCAGUGUCAUGCAGAACUGCUUGAUGAUGUUAGCACUGAAGUAUGUUAGCAGAGAAGAAAUCCAAGAUGUUACAAAAGACAUAUUUGAUCGAUACAAAGACUACAUCUUGGGCGACUAUGUUUGGGGCUUGAGUUCAACAGAUUUGAAUGGACAGCAGAUUCAGACACCUCCUUGGAGUCUGGUGCUUUCAUAUGAACAUGCUGUGAGAAAAAGGGCGUACAGCCUCAUGUUGACGGAGCGCCUGAUGCUGGGCGCAGCGUUGGAGAAGGCUUGGAAGUGCCCGACAACAAAGGAGAGGCAUUUCAUUACUCCUUUGGCUUUGUAUUCGAAACGGGCUUAUCCACAGAACAACAAUCAGAAUGCAGGCAACUGGAACCCAAAGGGUAAAGGAAAAGGAAAAACGAAGUCCAAAGGAUCUCAGAAAGGGUCUGGACAAGGACCGGAUGGUGAAAAGAUUUGCUUCAGGUUCAAUGCUGGAAAAUGCAACUAUCAGAAGUGCAAGUUCGCUCACAUGUGUAAUAAGUGUUUCAAGAAGGAUCACAACGCGCUCAACUGCAAAGAGAAGACCACGCCCGACACGAAGCUCGCCGCUAAGUGGCAAAUGAAGGUACAGAUCGACAUGGUGGACAUCAAGGUUUGCAAAGCUGUAAGGAAAGAGGAUACAAUACUGGUUUUUGAAAACCCAGAGGAUCUGGGAGCAGUACAACAUGGCCCGUAUGAGGGCCUGAGACCUGCAAGCAUGUGGCAAUGGCCAAUCUUUUGGGAGUUGAUUGAAUCUGGUGAUUUUCUGACAUGCGCUUUUUAUCAACAAGACUUUGGAACUGAUUAUUUGAAACCGACGCGCCUGUUGCUAAAGAAUGUGGAGGUGGAUGCAGACCUUUUCAAGGUGGGAGCGCCAUGUUUUGAUAGUCAGGGUUUUUAUCAGGGUCCACUCAGCAAGCGUCCAGCGACAGUGGCGCUUAUAGGACAACAUGCAGGGCGCUUUACAACAGCUGGUACAGAGCAAUGGCCCAGUGCAUUUUGCAAAUGGGUUGCACAUAAAAUUCUGAUUUUUUGGGCAACACGACACUCCAUUACUGCCUACGGUGAGGGGGACAAGAAAUGCGAUGGAGUGACAGAGACAACAAGAAUUCCUAAGGAUCUGAGAGAAGAGUACCCCACGACCAUGGCAGAAGGUUGGAAAAUUUAUGGUGGAGAAGGAGAAGCUAGAAAAUGCGAGGUGCCGGGCAAAGUGCGUUGGUUUCACGAUGGAUGCGGCCUGGCUUCACCAGGCAGAUGGGAUUUGGAGAAGAGGAUAUGGAAUCGAGAUCUCUUUUGGGAAAACUUGCGGAAAGGAUCCAUGGAAAUUAUACUGCAACACUGUGGGGGUUUACAGAGCUUGGAUAGAAUGUGCUUUGAAAUGGCAGCAAAGGGCGAAGAAGGAUGCACACUGGUGAAGAAUGAGACGGUGAAACAACAGCUGGUAGAAUUUUGGAGCAGUAGCCUUGAGAAAGAGGGGUACAACGCACAAGGGUUGACAGAGGUGGCAACAGGGCAACCUUUUAGACUCAGACUUAUGGAAGCAUUGCUGGAUAGAGCAGGAGAUCCAGAUCACAAGUUCUUGCUUGAUGGAGAGAAGGGCUUCCCGGUGGGAGUCAUAAGACCCUUGCCGCGGACUCCCCACAUGUACGAGGAGCAGACAUCUUGGAAGCUUGAAGAUGAUCCCUAUAUGAAAUCUGAGGUAUGGAGGGAUAACUAUGAGUCGGUAGGCGACCACGAAAACUUUGUGAGACAACAAUUUGAGGAUGAGUGCAGCGAAGGUCUUAUGGAGAAGCUUACAUUGGAGGAAGCCAAACAGCGCUUUGGCGACAGGAUCGCUAUCUCUUCACUGGCAGUGCUUGUGGAAGAAGCUCAUGGAAACAAAAGGAGGGUGAUACACGAUGCUACACAUGGAACAAAAAUCAAUAACAGAAUUAAAUGCCGUGACAAACAGCGGAGCCCAGGAGCUAGAGAGAAGAGAUACUUGCUAUCAUAUUACCGUUCGAGAGGCGAUGUAGUCUUCAGCCUUGUGGGUGAUAUUAGCAAAGCUCAUCGACGAUUCCUUCACGAUCCCUUGGAACAUGGUUUGCUGGCGUGCCGGGUCAAAAGCUCGGACAAGCACAUCUAUAUCAACAAGGUAGGAACCUUCGGAGUAGCUUCAGCAAGCUAUUGGUGGGGCAGAAUUGCAGGUGCAGGUAUUCGAUUGGUACAUGAGUUUUUGGGGCCGGAGAUGCCGAUAGAAAUGCUCAUCUUUGCAGAUGACUUGGAAUCUUUAGGCGCAGGAUUACGUGGCAGACGUGGCACAGUGCUUUCAUUCUUGUUUUUACCCACCUUGGGCUUUCCCUUCAAAUGGGCCAAACAACGAGGAGGCUUAAAAGUAGAAUGGAUUGGACUAUACACAGACUACACUACAAUGCGCUUGGGGCUUUCACCAAAGAGGGCUGCGUGGAUGGAAGGUUGGUCGCGCAAGUUGGCCACCACAGGUCGAGUCACGGCAAAAGAGAUGGAGCAAGGCUUGGGAAGGCUUGGAUUUGCGGCAAAUGCUUUGACCUGGGAGAGACCUUUUCUUGGACCUCUAUAUUCUUGGACGGCAGCGAUAAGAAACAAGACUGGAGUGCUUAGGAUUCCAACGAUGUUGAGGACCAUACUAUGGUUUCUGGCGGACAGAACUGCGGAAGGCGGAAGUCUACAGGCACCGCCACCUUUGAAAGAGGGUAAGGAGGACGAUGUAAUUUUCUAUACAGAUGCGAAAGCAACAGAGAAAGGGGCCUGGGUUGGAGGUUUUCUACAAACUUCAGAUGGACAGAUUGGAGAAUGGUUUUCAGAAGAAGUGGAGGAAGGAUGGGCGCCUUGGUUGUUCCUUAGGAAGGAUCCAAAGAGGGUCAUAGCGGCGCUGGAGAUGUUGGCAACACUCAUAGCUGUGAGACUAUGGGCAAAGGGCUUGCCGCUUGGAGGAAAAGGAACUUGUUGGGUAAAGGGGAGCACCGACAACCUCUCCAAUGCCUAUGCGGUUAGCAAAUGGAUGAGCACGAAAUUUCCUCUUACCAUUUUAAUAAUGGAGUUGUCCGAAACUUUGCGCACAAGAGAUUGUGAACUGAACUUGCAGUGGGUCCCCAGAGAUUCGAAUCAGCUUGCAGACGACCUGACAAAUCAAAAAUUUGACUCUUUCCCUUUGGAUAAGCGUAUGCAGUUUGUUGGUGGUGAUACAAAAUGGUUGGUCUUGGACAGGCUUAUGCACAAAGCACAGGAGUUUCACGAAGAGUUGGCCAGGGAGAAGAAACAAAGUAGUUCAAAUCCAAAACCAAAGAGAGCCAAUAAGAAAAGAAAGAUGGAGCCGUGGUGA